UGUAUAAAAGUGUAGGCAGUGUUUGUGUCUUCUCUCUUUUCUAAAACCCUAAAAAGCCUACUAGGGUUUUUGCAGCUUCCACCUACCUCGAAUCGCUUAGGCUUUACUGCAAUUUCUCGAAAUGGGAAAGAAAUCAGCUCAACAGGUAGCUAAAGCUGUCUCUGUUACUCCACCUACGAAAUCAGCAAAGAAAGGUAAGAGGAAUGCCGGGGAGACCAUUGAGAAACUGGUGAGUGCCAAGAAGCAGAAGAUAGCUGAGGAAGUGCUUCUAAAGAAACAGAACAGAAACGUUAUAACGAAAAAGAAGAAAGAAGCCAGCAGCUCGGAGGGUAUUUCAUCUGAAUCCGAAGAGGAAAUUGAAGCAAAGGUCAAUAAGUUGCCAGCUGCUAAGGCUAAGAAUGGCCAUGCACUAGUUUCAAAGAAGAAAGAUGAAUCCAGUGAUGGUUCUGAUUCAGAUAUCAGUUCAGACGAGGAUGAUCCUACCAAUGCACCAAAGGAAGGCAGUAUUUCUGAGGAUGGUUCAUCUGAGGAGGAAAGUGAGGACGAAGAACCUGCCAAGACUCCAAACAAUAAUUUGUCAACAAAAGCAUCGAAGGAAAGCAACAGUUCUGAGGACUCUUCUGAUGAGGAGGAAAGUGAGGAGGAGCAACCAGCUAAGACCCCAAAGAACAAUCACAUAACUCCAGCUGCACCAAAUGUUCAAACCACUGGGUCAAAAACAUUGUUUGUGGGGAACCUAUCAUUCAGUAUCGAAAGGACUGACGUGGAGGAGUUCUUCAAAGAUGCUGGUGAAGUUGUUGAUGUCCGUUUCUCAUCAAAUAAUGAAGGAAAAUUUAGGGGAUAUGGGCAUGUUGAAUUUGCCACUGAAGGAGAAGCAAAGAAGGCUCUUGAAUUAAAUGGUCAAGAUUUAUUGGGUCGGCCUGUCAAACUUGACAUUGCUCGUGAGAGAGGCUCGAAUACCCCACAAAGCAGCAAAGAGAGCAACUCAUACCAAAAAGGAGGUAAAGGCCAGGCCCGGACUAUAUUUGUACGUGGUUUUGAUACAUCUACUGGAGAGGAUGAGAUUCGGAGCACAUUGGAAGAGCAUUUUGAGUCUUGUGGAGAAAUUUCAAGGGUGUCUAUUCCAAAGGAUUAUGAAACUGGUGGUCCUAAGGGGAUUGCUUAUAUUGACUUCCCGAAUGAGGAUAGUUUUUCAAAAGCUCUAGAACUCAACGGAUGUGAUCUUGGAGGUUGUUCGUUAGUGGUGGAAGAAGCAAAGCCAAGGGCUGAUAAUCGUGAUGGUGGUGGUAGUGGUAGGGGUGGUCGUGGUAGUGGAAGGGGUGGUCGUGGCAGGAGUGGUGGUAGAGAUAGCGGUGGCCGAUUUGGUGGCCGGCGUGGAGGUGGUGGCAGAGGAGGCCGCUUUGGUGGUGGUGGCAGGGGACGUGGAACAAAUGGGUCAGGUUAGACAUUCUUAGUUUUAU